AUGGAGUCAGAUGGUUCUGACGAAGAUGAGGUGAAGGCACAUUGUCUGCGAUUCACUGAUGCGCUUACUGAAGUGCCAAAUGGGGAUGCUCAAGCUGCCUCUGAGCUAUUGCUACAAGACAGGGGGCUGACAUCCUUGGAUAGCCUGGAGCCCUUCAAGAACUUGAAAAAGUUGGAGCUGAAGGGCAAUCACAUUGCAUCACUCGGCUGGCUUGAGAUGAAUCACAGCCUUUGCUGGCUGGGGCUGGCCAAGAAUAGACUGCGAAGACUCACGCACUUGCAGAAUUUGUCCUCUCUUGCAGUGCUGGACUUCAGCGACAACAAGGUUGCAAGGCUGGAUGGCCUUCAACACCUCCAAGGUUUGAAAGCCCUUAUCGCUGCGCGGAAUCGGAUCACGUUGCUGGAUGGAAUCAGUCCCAAGAAGAACCCGUUGCUGGAGACCAUCGUAUUGUCACACAAUCAGCUGCAAUCAGUCUCCUUGGCAGGCUUUAAGAACCUGAAGAAGGUCUCUCUGGCCAAUAAUCGCCUGCAUUCUUUCCCAAGUCUACAGAAGCUCCCUGCACUGGCUGAGCUGCGACUAAAUGGGAAUCAAAUUACUACCAUUCCCAGCCUGGUGACCACCUUGCCACACCUGACUACACUGGAUGUUGGGAAGAAUCUUAUCAAUCAGCUGGUAGGCUUUGAGACACUAAAAGGACUCUUGUGGCUUUCAAAUUUGAAUGUAAGAGGCAAUCCCGCUUCAGGAGAUGAAGAGAUGCCGAAAGAGAUGUGGGACAUUCUUUCCACGUUGCCAAGGCUGGAGAUUGUGAAUGGAAAGCGUCAAGGCUUCGCAAAGCCACAGAAGCCCAAAAAAUUGAAAGCAGGACAUGAUCGACAUGAUCGACAUGAUCGACAUGAUCGACAUGAUCGACAUGAGGCAAACAAUGGCCGUGGUCAUAAAGCUGGUCUAGGCCGUGGUCGUGGAGCUGGGCGCGGCCGGGGGAUGGCAGUGUCUGAGACCGAGGAGAUUCAAUCUUUGAGAGGGCGCGGUCGAGGUCACGGAGCACAUGGGCAGCAAAAGGCCAAAACCACCAAAAACCAGGUAAAGGCCGAGAAGCUGCAGCUACUCAAGACUGCAAACAAGACCCUGACAAGCGAAGCGAGCCCAUCUCAAGCUGCGAGCCCAUCUCAUUUGAAGAAGGAAAAGGCCAAAAAGACCAAAAGGGCCAAAGUUCGUCCUGCCAAAGCAAAGGCAGAUCAGCCAGCUGUGCAAGCGCAAAAGCGAAAGAAGAUAGUGAAAGUGAAAAAACGAUUGAAACGUGCACCAUGA